AUGCACAAUUCUUACAGUUCUUCUUUUGAUAAUGAAUCCAAUAAUUUAGAAUUAGUGAAACGGCAGUAGAUUUCAUAAUCUUAAUUGCCAAAAUUAAUGUAAACGCCAUCAGAUUUGAAACCGCCAACAAUAAAUUCAUCAUUUAUUAACUGCCCUUCUCCUUUCACAGAACCAUUAAGAUCAUUUAUUUCUUAUAAAGAAAGUGGAUUAAAUCAUUUUGAUUAGAGUAGAAAAGCAAAGACAUUGAAUGUGAAUUCUGAAGGAGGUGAUAGUAGAAAUAUUGAUGAAUCUGGUACUAGAAGAUUAAAGAAAAGUUAAUUUAAUUAAGGAAUGCGACCUUAACGUAAAUAGCCACUUUAUUCUGAAUUAAAUUAAACAGAAUCUGUAAGUAGAAAUUUAUUUGAUAAAAAGUUUGUAAAACAAUUUGGUAAAACUCUUCUUUAAAAAGCUUAUAUAUAUCGUGAUAAUUAUUUUAAUGGAUAUUAAAAAUAAAUAUUGAUAGAAAAUUAUUUAGAAAAUAAUAUUCAUUAUACAAUUUAAGAUGAGAAGAAUAGAGAAUAAUUUGAUCCAAUAUAUUAUUUAUUUUGGGACAUGAUUGUAAUAAUUUGUAUUUUGAUGUUAAGUAUUUGGUUACCAAUUAAGAUAAGUUUUAAUUAGAAAACCAAUAUUGGUUUAGAAAUAAUAGCAAACUUAAUAAUCGUAUUAGAUUUAGGAUUAAAUUAUUUUAAGCCUUAUAUAUCUGAAGGUAGUUUUGUAAGAUUUCAUAUAAAAUAUAAAUUAUAAUUGAUAAAACGUUAAAUUAUAAUUGAUAUAUUUUAUUUGAUUUCUUCGAUUUUAUUACUGUUUAUUUUUAAGAAUUCAAUAUUAGUAUGGGUAAUGUUACUGUUUGAAAUUGGUUGUGGAGUAUAGAAAUUAAAUUUUUUGAUGUGUCGUAUAAAUGAUUUUAUACCAUUUGAAAUUGGUUAUUAUAAGAUAUUCAUGAUAGUAUUAUAUGUGAUUCAUGUAUUUUCAUGCUUGUGGCAUUUCAUAGGAGUUGAUGAAUAGGAUUCUUGGAUGAUGGCAUUAAAUAUUGAAGAAGAAGAUUAAUGGACAAAAUAUUGUUAUGCAAUCUAUUUAAAUACAAGUUUAUUAUUACAUAUGGGAUCUGGAUUUAUACAUAUAAAAACAAAUAUAGAAUUAAUAUAUUCAACAAUAAUGAUGUUUAUAUCUUGUUGGUUAAUUGCAUUUAUUAUAAAACAUAUUGGUUUUAUGAUGAAACAAUAAUACUAAAAUUAUAGUAGGAGUAUUUUAUAGAUUGAAUUAAUUAAUAACUUUUUAUCUAAAAGAGGAAUAUCAUUUUAAAUGUCUGCUAGAAUUAGAAAUUAUAUUAGAUUCAUCUAAUAAUAGGAUAAUAAAGAUGAUUAGGUAAUAUUAUUAUAUACAUUUAGAUAAUUAGAUGUAAAUUCUUAUGUAAUAACUAUCACCUACUUUAAAAGAAGAAAUUCUACUUUAAAUGAGAAUAAAAGCAUUAUUUACUUGUAAACCUUUGUUCAAUUUCUCAAAAGAUACAUUAGAACAUCUUACUCAAAUAAUGGAGUAUGUUAAAUUUAAUCCAAAUGAAUUAAUAAUAUAAAAACAUAAACCAGAUGAUUGUUCUUUGUAUAUAAUAGAUUCAGGAGAUAUUUCGAUUAUGGAUUAAAAUAAAAUUUUAUAAUCAUUGAGCAAUGGAGAUUCUUUUGGUGAAUAUUCAUUCUUUUCAGGUGAUUAAAGAUAGGCAUCGGCUAUAGCAAAAGGUUUUGUUCAAUUAUAUAAGAUUGAAUAAUCUAAGUUUGUUUCAUUAAUUUAAAAAAAUAAAAUUGAUCAUGAAAGGUAUGUUUAUAUUAGACAUUCACUUUUAAAUUAAUAAUUUAGUAUAAUUAACAUGUUUUGUUACUCUUGUAGAAGUACUGAUCAUCUAAUUUCUAAAUGUCCUAUUUGGAAAUAUACACCUGAUCUUGAAAAAGUAUACAAAUAAGAUAAUUAUAAUUAAUAAUAUAGAGCUAAUUUCUCUAGAUCUCUCAAAAAAGAUAGAAAGGAAUUUAAUAGAAUAUUCUCAAGGUUAAUUGUAAAAUUAUUAUUUUAAUAUUUUCAAUAGUAAAAUUAUGAUGCCCUUAAAAUAUUUAGAUUAAAAUAUGAUAUUAUUUAUGACGAUGAAGAUGAUGAUGAUACUGCUGAAAUUCAUGAUGAUGAACUUGAAUCUUGUUCUGAACUUACUGAUGAUUAUUAAAGUGAUGAAGGGUUUUCUGAUAAUAGAAUUAUUGAUAAAUAAGAUGGGUAAUUUAUUUAUAUUUUAUUUAUAGAACUAUUGUUAGUAUUCUAAAAUAAUAAGAUUAAAUUAAAGAAAACUCUAAGGUUUUAUAAGAAAUAGAUGAUGAAAAUGAUUAAAUGUUUAUCAUUAGACCAAAUAAUCAAAAAGGAACAUUAAGCACUGCUUAAUUUUAAUAUCAAACAGAUUUCUAAUAACAGCAAUAAUAAUUAUAUAAGUUUUCGUUAGUACCUUAAGAGCCAUAAAAAAUAAAAAGAACUUCAACACCAUAAGAUCCAUAACAACCAUAAUAGUUUAUAUAAACAGUAACAUCUUCUUAAUUAAUUGCAAAUGAAGUACCAAUUCCAUCUGUUAAACGUAUUAAGAAUACUCCUCAUAUUACAUUUAAAGGAGAUACUGAUAGUUAAUAAAGUCAACAAUAAUCACAAAGAUUAAGAAAUAAUUCCAAAAUGAAAGUUUAAAAUAGUGUUGUAGAUAAAAUGAAGAAAAAUCUAUCAAGAAUAAGGGAAGAAGACUCUGAUACUUUAAAUUUAUCUAAUAGGCAAUAAUCUGAAGAAUAAACUAGUUCACCAUAUGGAAGAUAAUUAGGUAGGUAAAGUUAAAGUUCUACAUAAGUUAGAUAAUCAAUGAAAAGAUUUUCAUCAAAAUUAUCAACAAUUCCUAUUAGAUAAGGUACAAUAACUUAAUUAAAAUCUACAGUUAGUCCACUAAUAAGAUCUAAUAUUCAUAUUCCAACAGGAGUAGGUAUGGUUGAUUUAAGUAUGUACAAAAGACCAGAUCCAUAAUAUGAGGAGUUUGAAAGAAUGUACUAAUACAAUUUAUAUUAUCCUAUUGAUAACUACUAAAAUGUUAUAAAUAGAUUAAACUCAUUUUUAAAAUGGAGACUAUCUAAAUUUAUACCAUCUAAAUAUACAUUUAAAUUUAAAGUUAAAAGAAUAAUCAACAAGUUCUUUAAACCUAUCAAGGUAGAACUCAAUUCAUAUUGA